UACUGUUGCCAUUCCGACGCACAUCCCUCACAGACGAGCAACAGCUCCGUGGAGUUAACCGGAGUGGACUACACGGAGCCUCCGCGGGCAGAGAGAACACUUCACGGCCGGGUUUCCCUCCUUCUGCUCGGGGCGGACAGCAGCACGGAGAUGCGCUCCUGGACAGAGGUUCUGUGUGGGUAAAGUGAGAUACAGAGAAUGAGACUGAGCAGCACCGCAUUCAGCCCGAGUCUGGAGGAAUAACUGGACCCGGGAAACGCUCGGUUCUGGUGAAGGAGGAUUGUGGAGGAAUGGGGCGGUGAGGGUGUUUUGUCUCUGCCGAAGACAUGAGCAUCGGAGGGGGAACAAAAAGCUCGGCUGCGGCGCUCCGUGUUUGAGUGUCCAUCCAUCCAUCCGGAGGGUCCAGUCUGCACACCUUUCUUCAUGUUGCAAACGCCUGUUUUAUGACAAUGGAUUACUUGCUGUGGGUGUGCAGCCUCAUUGUGCCCGUGGUGCUGGCUGUAGAAGAAACCCUUAUGGACAGUCGGUGGGCAACCACAGAGCUGGCAUGGACCACGUUCCCAGAGAGUGGGUGGGAAGAAGUGAGCGGCUAUGACGACUCCAUGAGCCCGAUAAGGACCUACCAGGUGUGCAACGUCCGACAGCCCAACCAGAACAACUGGCUCAGGACGGACUUUAUCCCCCGCAAGGGCGUUCUGCGAGUUUACGUGGAGCUUAAGUUCUCAGUGCGUGACUGUGCCAGCAUCCCCAACAUCCCCGGCUCCUGCAAAGAGACCUUUAAUCUGUUUUACUAUGAGUCUGAAGGGGACGUAGCGACAGACACCAGCCCUCUGUGGAGGGAGAACCCCUAUGUAAAGGUGGACACCAUCGCCCCAGAUGAGAGUUUCUCUCUGUUGGAGGCGGGAAGAAUCAACACCAAAGUACGCAGCUUUGGCCCGCUCUCUAAGGCGGGAUUCUACCUGGCGUUCCAGGACCUGGGUGCAUGCAUGUCUCUCAUCUCUGUCAGGGUUUUCUUCAAAAAGUGCUCCACUACUAUCGCCAACUUUGCCGUGUUCCCUGAGACCGCUACGGGGGCAGAAGCCACCUCCCUAGUUAUUGCCCCUGGCGCCUGUGUGACUAACGCCAUGGAAGUUUCUGUUCCUCUGAAGCUCUACUGCAACGGGGACGGGGAAUGGAUGGUUCCUGUGGGCUCGUGCACCUGUGUCGCCGGCUUUGAACCCUCUGCAGACGACACGCAGUGCCAGGCCUGCAUUCCUGGGACCUUCAAAUCCAAAUUCGGGGAGGGAUCCUGUUCGCCCUGUCCGACCAACAGCCGCACCAGUGCACGAGGAGCCAGUAUUUGUCCUUGCCAGAGUGGAUUUUACCGAGCUGACAGCGACCCUCCUGACUCAGACUGCACCACGAUCCCCUCAAGGCCUCGCAACGUCAUCUCCAGCGUGAACGAGACCUCGCUGUCCUUAGAGUGGGACGAGCCUGAAGACACGGGCGGAAGGAGCGACCUCGUCUACAACGUGGUGUGCAAGAAAUGCCUGCGAGACCGGAGCCCCUGCACGCGCUGCGACGACAAUGUGGACAUCGCGCCUCGCCGCCUGGGGCUGAGGCAGAGGAAGGUGGUGGUGAGGAACCUGCAGGCUCACACCCGCUACAGCUUCGAGGUGCAGGCGGUCAACGGGGUCUCCGGGAAAAACCCCAUCUCGCCCAGCUACUCAACGGUCAACAUCACCACCAACCAAGCUGCACCUUCAGCCGUGCCCACCGUCCAUCUGAUGCGCUCCACCUCAGACACUCUCAGCCUGUCAUGGCUGCCGCCUGAGAAACCAAAUGGGGUCAUCCUCGAUUAUGAAAUUAAAUACCAUGAGAGGGGCCAGGUGAUGUCCCACACAGUUACAUCCCAGCACAGCUCUGCUAAAGUGGAGGGUCUGAAGGCUGCUACACCCUACGUGGUACAGGUCAGAGCUCGCACUGUGGCUGGGUACGGACGCUACAGCAACCCAAUGGACUUCAGCACCAGCCUCCACAGUGACCCUCAGAAGUCGGUGCAGGACCAGCUGCCCCUCAUUGUCGGCUCUGCCUCCGCGGGUCUGGUGGUUAUUGUAGCCAUGGUGGUUAUCGCUGUGGUCUGCCUUAAGAAGCAGCGCAGCGGCUCAGAGCUGGAGUACACAGAGAAACUGCAGCAAUACAUUUCUCCAGGGGUCAAAGUCUACAUUGACCCCUUCACCUAUGAGGACCCCAAUGACGCCGUUCACGAGUUUGCCAAAGAGAUCGACAUCUCCUGUGUGAAAAUAGAAGAAGUCAUCGGUGCAGGUGAGUUUGGCGAGGUGUGUCGCGGACGUCUCAAACAGGCCAGCCGCAGAGAGAUAGUCGUGGCGAUCAAGACACUGAAGGCUGGCUACACCGAGCGUCAGAGGCGGGACUUCCUUGCAGAGGCUUCCAUUAUGGGCCAGUUUGACCACCCAAAUGUGAUCCGGCUGGAGGGCGUCCUGACUAGGAGCUGCCCCGUCCUCAUCAUCACAGAGUUCAUGGAGAACGGAGCGCUGGAUUCUUUCCUCAGGCUGAACGACGGGCGCUUCACGAUGACACAGCUGGUCGGGAUGCUGCGUGGCAUCGCCGCUGGGAUGAAGUACCUGUCAGAUAUGAACUACGUCCACCGAGACCUUGCUGCCCGGAACAUUCUGGUCAACAGCAACUUGGUGUGCAAGGUCUCAGACUUCGGCCUGUCACGCUUUCUGGACGACACAUCUGCUGACCCCACUUACACCAGCUCCCUGGGAGGAAAGAUUCCCAUCCGGUGGACGGCGCCGGAGGCCAUCGCCUUUAGGAAGUUCACGUCUGCCAGCGAUGUGUGGAGCUACGGCAUCGUCAUGUGGGAGGUGGUGUCCUAUGGAGAGCGGCCAUACUGGGACAUGAGCAACCAGGAUGUGAUGACAGCAGUUGAGCAAGACUAUCGGCUGCCCCCGCCCAUGGACUGUCCCAUGGUGCUGCAUCAGCUGAUGCUCGAGUGCUGGAUGAAGGAGAGGAACCUGAGGCCAAAGUUCUCCCGCAUCGUCAGCACCCUGGACAAGCUGCUCCGCAACGCUGCCAGCCUAAAAGUGGUGACCAGUUCCUACUCAGGGGACCUGCUGCGGCUCGGGGGGACGCUGCCAGGACACAACAGGAAGAGUCCAGACAGCAGUCAGGAAAUCGUUCGGCAACAGAUGAGUCAAACUCUCCCCAUCCGAGUGUGAGCCGAGGAUACGGAGCGGAUAAAAACUACCUGAAAAACUCUGAUGCCAAGAGCCCGAUGUAACAUAGAAAGAAGAUUAAAGAAGGAAGACGGAGAACGAGGACGACUUUGGAGAUUUCUCUUCCAACUGGGGGUUUCAUGUGCAUUUAAAGAGACUUUCUAUCGAAGUGUGUGUGUUCAUUACUUGACACUUGUGGAUUUGUGACUAUUGACAUAAACCAAACUUCCUAUUGCCCCUUCUCAGGUUGUGUUUGCAUGUCUGCAUGUGUUUUCUGCUGGUUGGGAGUAAGUCUUUCCUUUUCUCUGCCCUCAGAUUGAGGACUCAGUGCCAAGAUGAAGCAAGCAUUUGCUUGAAAUGAACUUUAAAGACAACCUUCCUGUACACCUUGGAUCUUUUUCUUUUCUUUAAACCCAACCAACUCUGUUCUUUUAUUUUGUUGAUUUUAAGGAACAAGGAAAACACACCUUUCAUCUGCUUCCUCUUCAACUCUGUCUUCCACACAUACUGGGAGACAAACUUGUUACAAAUGUGUACAAAGCAUCCGAGUCUUCACACCGUCUCUGGGUCGGAGCAGAGAUGGAACUGACACUGUGCGGGACACGUCAUGUGCAUGCCAAAGUGGAAACUUCUUCAUGAGAAAAGUACAAAUAAGUUCCACAUUCGCUGUUUGCUUUGGUGGCAUUUUGCUGAACGGACUUGAACGUCCAGGUUUUUCUUAACCUUGUUUGAUUCAUAUACGCAUUGUUUUUGAAUGCUAAGUUAUUAUCUUAUUAUUGCAAAGAGGUGGUUUUUUGUGCGUUUUUUUUACAAGCACUGGGGCUUAACUUUUUUAUUACACUGCUUGUUUUUUCACACAUUAAAAACAGACAGACAUGAAUGAGCAAAUUAAUGGGAAAAUGUUCUGCAAGACGGUAAUUACCUAUGGAGACUUUGUGGAGAUUGCUGUUUUUAAAAAGAAAAGGCGCUGUGGUAGUGCUGUGGUGUAAAUGUGUCGCAGAUCAGUGGGAUUAAAAAGGUCACUAUCCACAUAACAAGUCUGAAUCCUUAAUAUUGACCUGACCUACAAACAUUUAUGUAAAGCAAAUUCACCCAUUGGUUCAUUUCUCCUGACGUGUUUUCUUCAGCUGUCAGAGCAGUUCCUAUCUAUAACAACUGCCUGUAAAUAAUAUUUCUAUUAGAGCAGUCGGCUCAGCAUUCACAGCAAUCGGACCUGACUGUGGCCUCUCUAUGACCCUCAUUUAUAUGCUUGUUUGUUUAAUGUGGAGGAGCAAACAAAUGGAGAAAUUCCAGUUUAAUGAUCAUCACAUAUCUGAAACUAUAUGUCACAAUGAAAGAAGAAAAUGUGUGUCUGUUAGGGCAGACUUUUCCUGUGCAAUUAAAGGUGUAUUAGGUUGUAAAAAGAAAAAAUAAUGCUGGAAAACUAGAACAAAAAUAAGCAUUUCUCUUUCAGUAUUUUUACGAUAAUCAUAUGCAAAUAAAUUAUUA